UGAUGAAGUAUUGUUCGCUUCUUCUCUUUCUCGCAUUUUCCUAUGCGAAUGCCGCUCUCGACUUUGAAGUCAACGCGGCCAGCACAUUCACCUGUUCCUUGGAGAGUGCCACUUGCCGCUUCUCUCGUUCCGACUACGACACCGAACCGAUACUUGUAGGUGAGGGCCAAAUCACUGACACGGAGGGUGAAACGGGUUCAUUUGUAGCCGUUUGGGCGACUCGCAUUCCGGAGUCCGACUCAAUGACGCUAUCCAAUUGCGUCAUUGCUGAUUCCUGUUUCGUCAAAUGCCAGGACACCUGCGCGUGUGCGACAGCCGAUGGUAGCCCGUGUGAGACAGCAACGCCGGCACCCACACCGGCACCAACAGCGCCACAGCCCACUACGGCACCGGUGCAGAUAGUUUGCGAACAGAAGAGCGAGAAUACGUCUUUGUGUCCCACACUUAUGCGGGAUUCCGUCCCGGUUGGCGUUGAAUGUCGUUGUUAUAACUUUUGCAAAGGUUCUUUCUUGUCGUGCUGCCAAGAUAACAAUCAAUGCGGCUCCUUGGACUGUGCGGAUGCGGGAGCGCCGGGAACGAUGGACGGGAUUGUGUUGGGAUGUACAGAUGACGACGCGCCAAGCGGUGGCGGUGGAGGAGGAUCAGACAGCUCGCGGUCUGUGACGGCGCCUUUUCCAACGUUGGCUUUCGGAUUUACCGCAGGUUUGGUAUUGCUGGCGUAGGUAGGUGUGACCAGCUGGCGUAGCGCUUUUGAAAGAUAAAUCU